CUUGUUCUUCUCUUUUUCGAUAUUUAUACAUUCAUAUAUAUAUUAUUCUCCUAUCAUGUCGGAUGAUAUUGACCAAGAAAUCAAAGCUGCUCAAGCAAAACGCAAAGAAAUCACUGAUCAAGAUAUUAGCAAAGCAGUACUAGAAAAUGAAAGUCAUGCUAGUAUGGCUUCUGUUUCCUAUGAUACCGAUAUUUAUGGCACAAGUGGAAACGAUAAGUUUGCUGGUUAUUCUACUUCUAUUGCUGUCAACGACGAAGAAGAAGACGACAUGGACGACGAUGCAUAUCAAGAAGCCAAACGAAAACUCAAUUCUUACACUGUCUCCAAAGAACUUACACAAGAAACUAUCGGUGAAUCUGACCAUCACGAUCCUUUUGCCAACAGUACAAAAUCACGACGUAUAGCCGACCGAGAAUCAGAAUACCAACAACGACGAUUCAACCGUAUUCUUUCACCUGAACGAAAGGAUGCUUUUGCCAAGCAAGAUACUAAUCAAUCUGAAGAUAAUGAAUCAAGAUCUUAUGCUGAAGUCAUGCGUGAAGCUGAAUUGGAAAGAGAACAACAACGAGUACUGAAUGUAUUAGCGCAACGUAAGAAGGAUGGACAAGAGAUCGUACAAGGAUCAACAACAACUUCAACAACUCCUCCACAUACAACACAAUCAACAACCUCAUCAUGGGACGAUACCUCCGUCACAACAGAACCAAAGAAGAAACGAAGAUGGGACAUGGCAACACCUGUACAAAAUAACAAUGUGGAAGCAACUCCUGUGGCUGGUAAACGAUCUCGAUGGGACGCUACUCCUGUUCGUGUGGAUCCUGGAGCAACUCCUUUACGUUCUGAAUGGGAUGAUACUCCUCGUUCUACUACCAAACGAUCUCGUUGGGAUGCAACACCUGUGGCUGGAACUGCUGGUGUAGAAGCGACUCCUGUUGGUGGCUUUGGUAUGAUGACUCCUACACCACAUCAAGUACAAGUACCGAUGACUCCUGAAGCCAUGUCAUCUAUGCGAUGGGAACGUGAAUUGGAUGCUAGAAAUCGAUAUCUCUCUGAUGAAGAACUGGAUGCUAUGUUCCCAAGUACUGGAUACAAGAUCUUGGAACCUCCUGCUGAUUAUGCUCCUAUCCGUACUCCAGCACGUAAACUAAUGGCAACUCCUACACCUAUGGCUCAAAAUGGAUUUGUCAUGCAAGAAGAAACCGUGGGCAUUGUACAAGAAUUACCUCAAGAAAUUCCUGGUGUCGGUACUCUUCCGUUUUUCAAGGAUGAGGAUAUGCAACAUUUUGGAAAAUUAUUGGAUGAAAAGGAUGAAAAUGAAUUGUCAAUGGAUGAACUAAUGGAACGUAAAAUCAUGCGACUUUUACUCAAAAUCAAGAAUGGAACUCCUCCUAUGAGAAAAUCAGCAUUACGACAAAUCACUGAAAAGGCUCGCGAUUUUGGUCCUGGUCCUUUAUUCAAUCAAAUUCUUCCUCUGCUUAUGUCCCCUACAUUGGAAGAUCAAGAACGUCAUUUAUUGGUCAAAGUGAUUGAUAGAAUUUUAUACAAGCUGGAUGAUUUGGUUCGACCUUUUGUACACAAGAUCCUCGUGGUGAUUGAACCUUUAUUGAUUGAUGAAGAUUAUUAUGCUCGUGUAGAAGGAAGGGAAAUUAUCAGUAAUUUGUCCAAGGCAGCAGGUUUACCAACGAUGAUUACAACUAUGCGUCCUGAUAUUGAUCACGUUGAUGAAUACGUACGAAACACAACAGCCCGUGCAUUCUCUGUGGUAGCAUCUGCACUCGGUAUUCCUGCUCUUCUACCUUUCUUGAAAGCUGUAUGUCGUUCCAAAAAGUCAUGGCAAGCUCGUCAUACUGGUAUCAAGAUUGUUCAACAAAUCGCCAUCUUGCUAGGUUGUGCUAUUUUACCUCACUUGAAGAACUUGGUGGAAGCUGUGGCUCAUGGAUUGGAAGAUGAACAACAAAAGGUGCGUACUAUCACUGCUUUGGCAAUUGCUGCUCUGGCAGAAGCAGCGGCUCCUUAUGGUAUUGAAUCAUUUGAUACUGUACUCAAACCACUCUGGACUGGUAUUCGAAAACAUCGUGGCAAGGGAUUGGCAGCAUUCUUAAAGGCAAUUGGUUUUAUUAUUCCUUUGAUGGAUGAUGAAUAUGCAAAUUACUAUACCCGUGAAGUGAUGUUUAUCUUGAUUCGAGAAUUCCAAUCUCCUGAUGAAGAAAUGAAGAAGAUUGUACUCAAGGUAGUCAAGCAAUGUGCAGCAACAGAUGGGGUGACUCCAGCAUAUAUCAAGGAGGAUAUUUUGCCAGACUUUUUCAAACAUUUCUGGGUACGUCGUAUGGCAUUGGAUCGUAGAAAUUAUAAACAAGUGGUGGAAACAACAGUGGAAUUGGCCAACAAGGUGGGUGUGUCCGAAAUCGUCAGCCGUAUUGUGAAUGAACUCAAGGAUGAAAGUGAACCUUAUCGAAAAAUGGUGAUGGAAACAAUCGAAGCGGUAGUAUCCAAUCUUGGUGCAGCUGAUAUUGAUCCUCGUUUGGAAGAACUUUUGAUUGAUGGUAUUUUAUAUGCUUUCCAAGAACAAACAGUAGAAGAUGUGGUAAUGCUCAAUGGUUUUGGUACAGUGGUCAAUGCUCUUGGUAUGCGAAUCAAGCCAUACUUACAACAAAUUUGUUAUACCAUUCUCUGGCGACUCAACAACAAAUCGGCCAAGGUACGACAACAGGCAGCAGAUUUGAUCUCUCGUAUUGCGGUAGUGAUGAAGACAUGUGGUGAAGAAAAGUUGAUGAGUCAAUUGGGUCAAAUUCUAUACGAAUAUCUUGGUGAAGAAUAUCCUGAAGUACUUGGGUCCAUUUUGGGUGCAUUGAAGGGAAUUGUGAAUGUGAUUGGUAUGGCUAGUAUGACACCACCUAUCAAGGAUCUUUUACCUCGACUGACUCCUAUCUUACGAAACCGACAUGAAAAGGUACAAGAAAAUUGUAUUGAUCUAGUGGGUCGUAUUGCUGAUCGUGGUGCAGAAUAUGUCUCUGCUCGUGAAUGGAUGCGUGUAUGUUUCGAACUAUUGGAUUUACUCAAGGCUCACAAGAAAGGAAUUCGUCGUGCAUCUGUCAACACAUUUGGUUAUAUUGCCAAGGCGAUUGGUCCUCAAGAUGUUUUGGCCACUUUAUUGAAUAAUUUGAAGGUACAAGAACGUCAAAACCGUGUAUGUACUACUGUGGCCAUUGCUAUUGUUGCUGAAACUUGUGCUCCUUUUACUGUGUUACCUGCUGUGAUGAAUGAAUAUCGUGUACCAGAACUCAAUGUACAAAAUGGUGUUUUGAAAUCUCUAUCUUUUAUUUUUGAAUAUGUUGGAGAAAUGGGAAAGGAUUAUAUUCAUGCAGUCACACCAUUAUUGGAAGAUGCUUUGAUUGAUCGUGAUCUUGUUCAUCGACAAACAGCAUGCGCUACUAUCAAACAUAUGUCUCUUGGUGUAGUUGGUUUAGGAUGUGAAGAACCUUUAUUACAUUUACUGAAUUAUAUUUGGCCCAAUAUCUUUGAAACAAGUCCACAUGUUAUCAAUGCUGUACUUGAAUCUAUCGAAGGUAUGCGUGUAGCUCUAGGACCAGCAACAAUUCUUCAAUAUACAUUACAAGGAUUAUUCCAUCCAGCUCGAAAGGUACGUGAAGUCUAUUGGAAAAUUUACAACUCUCUUUAUAUCGGCAAUCAAGAUGCAUUAGUGCCCUAUUAUCCUCGAAUUGCUGAUGACGAACGAAAUACAUAUCAACGUUUUGAAUUGGAUUAUAUUCUUUAGGUUAUUAGUUUAAUUAUUCUUAUUUUUUUUUUUAUUUUAUUGUUACUAUCUUCCAAAUAAAGUAU